AUGGAUGCUGUCUUGUGCGAAUACGAAAAUUUUUUGAUCAAUCCAACGAGUCAGACGUACAAGAAGUUUCAGAGUAACUCGGUUUCGCCGAGACUGUGUCGAGUAGCGCCUUGUAAUAAUUCGUCAACGUAUGGCCAUUACCAUCCGAGGAAGAGACAGACGAGUAGUCAUCGUCGUCAAUGUAGGAACGAACAGGAUCAGAUGCUUUCGAUUAUGAAGAACACGUUGCAUUCUGCUGGAAACGACAGCGACAACGUCCUUUACGAAUAUCCACGAUUUGCGAGGAACAGUUAUAAGAAGGAGAGUUAUUGGGGGGACGACCAGAUGGUAACAGGUGUCAUAAAAGCAGCGAAUGUAGACUGCGAGACUGUGGAGAAAUGUAUGCAACACAAGAAAGAACGACUUCUGAAAUCAGAACCAUGGUCCCCGAGGCAAUGUGUCGAAAAGACGAACAAGUUAAACGCGAACGAAAGAUACAGGUUAGAAGAGCAUAAAGACGACGAGUACACGAGGGGUAGAUUGAGAUUCGACUUGUCCAAACACAGUAGUACGAAGAAAAUCGAUCUGGACGAAGAUAUCGAGCAUGACAAAAGCAAGCAAGGAAGAAAGAAAACUAACUUUUCGACGAAUAAACUUUCUAUCUUGAAAUGUCGUUCGCAAAGUUUAUCGAGAAAUAAAAACGUCGAAGACCUGUCGAAGCAGAAGGUUUCGACGAUUGAUAGGAAUGACUAUUCGAAAGAGACGGAUCUAUCUAAAGAAGUGGAAGAUAGGUCGAUGUAUAAGUCGUGCCAACGAUCCACCGCGCGACAGGAUUCUCCUUGUAGUCCUGGCAAGGAAUCGACCAGUAACACGGAUGAAAGUCGAGAUGAUAUGUACUGCGAGUUGGUCGUUAAAGACGAAGAACAGGAUCCUCUUCAUAAAAAGAAUAUUCACGCAGGUGGAGAUCUGGACCUUGAUCUCGAUCUGCAUACAAUUAAAAGUAACAUCAUCGAUCUGAUCGAUCGGGUUAUUAGCAAGACAUUCACCACUUCAUCGGGCCAGCAAAAGAAUGCAGAAUCGAAUCGGGAAUUAACGGAACAAGGAUUUUCGAUAGAAAUAAUACGUGCCCUGCGCGGCGAUUAUUGCGAACUAUUCACAGAGGAUCUACUGAGCAAUUAUCGGAUACCGGCUGAUCGUAUUAAGCGUUUGAAAAAUCUUCGAUGGAAGCAUAUGCAACACAUCCAGAAUGAAUUCAACAAAUUAUGCAAUCUACAAAAGUUUCUAGAUCAGUACUCUCCGAGGCAAUCGUUAUCCGCGUUUCAAUUUAAUUCGAACGCAGUCGAGCAACGGGUGGAAGAUCGGCAGCAAGAGCAAGAGCAAGAAGAACAAGGCGAACAACCGAAUUUGGGUACGAUUUCGUGA